CCUGGAGGCUGCACACCCCGCUUCCUUCCUCCAUCCUAUCCCUGUCUCUCUCGGACCUCGGAAAUCUUUCCUCGGAAUGCUCGCCUGUCUCCCCUCCCACCGACGGCCUCUCCCAGGUGGCUCCCCAGGUCUGUCCGCACCCCCGGCCCCCACCAGGCCUCCCUGUACCCCUGGCUUGUUCACUGUUGCCCGCUCUGCCUCUUGCCGUCUUUUUUUCCCCCUGGGGCUCUAUUCUCUGCCUCUCGCUCCCUCUCUGUCUCUGUCUCCGUGUCUUUGUCUCGGUCUCUUUCCAGGUCUUCCUCUGUCUGUCUGUCUGUCUGUCUUCUUUCCUACUGUCUCCCUGUCUGUUCCCCAACCCCAUCUGUCUAUCCCUGGGGCUCAUAACCACUUCCUGCAUCCAUGAAUGUCUCUCUCCACACCUUCCUCCCUUCCCGCCUCUCCCAUCUCCUUCCCAUCUCUUCCCAGAGGCUCUCCGGCUCUCCUCUGGUCCAAGGUGGACCCAUUUCACCGACUCCCUGAUGGAGGCCCCCUCCCUGCCCCCACCUGGGCACUGACGCCCACAGCGGCUCUCCAGGGACUUUCUCUCCUUCACUUUCCCUGCCCCCAACCAGCCUCUGUCUAUGCAAAUCCCAGGGGAGGGGGGACAUUUGCCUGCUCCCCCCCACCCCCCACUUCCUGCCCCGCUUGAGUGUGGUGGGGCUGGUCUCACACAAGGACACACAGCAGAAGAGCUGUGGUGGUCACAGCUGCAGCCUCCCCCUCCCCCCGCACGGGCUCCCAACCACUUGGGAGAUUCAGGUGGCCGAAGGCACCCCUGACAUGCCCCUGUGUGUCUUCCCCUCCAGGCAGGACGGGCCACACUUCAGCUGUCUGUACCCAGAUGGCGUCUUCUACGACCUGGACAGCUGCAAGCACCCCAGCUACCCUGACUCAGAGGGGGCUUCUGACUCCCUGUGGGGCUGGGACCUCAGUCCAGCUGUCCCAGCCGCCUCGUAUGAAGCCUUCAACCCAGCUGUGGCCAACUUUGGCCACCCCCAGGGAGUCCAGCUCUGUUACGGACCCUCGACCUACAGCCCCAUGGGGAGCCUCGACCCGGCCCCCAGCCUAGAGGCCCCAGGGCCCAGCUUCCCAGCGUACCCCACGGAGGAAUUCACCAGCCAGACCGUGGGCCCCCCGGCAUAUGCCCCCUACCCCAGCCCUGUGCUGUCGGAGGAGGAGGAUCUCCUGCUGGACAGUCCCACCCUGGAGGUUUCAGACAGCGAGUCGGACGAGGCCCUCAUGGCUGGCCCCGAGGGGAGGGGAUCUGAGGCAGGGGCCCGCAAGAAGCUCCGCCUGUACCAGUUCCUGCUGGGGCUCCUGACGCGCGGAGACAUGCGCCACUGCGUGUGGUGGGUGGAGCCGGGCGCCGGGGUCUUCCAAUUCUCCUCCAAGCACAAGGAGCUCCUGGCGCGUCGCUGGGGCCAGCAGAAGGGCAACCGCAAGCGCAUGACCUACCAGAAGCUGGCGCGCGCCCUACGCAACUACGCCAAGACCGGCGAGAUCCGCAAGGUCAAGCGCAAGCUCACCUACCAGUUUGACAGUGCGCUGCUGCCGGCCGCCCGCCGGGCCUGAGCCCAGUGGGGGCUGUGAGGGGCUCCACGCCUGUGUCACGUUGGCGUCCCCACACCCUAGGUCACGGCACCUGUGGAUUCCCCACACUGGGGGGAGGGGGGCUGCUAUAAUCCCUAAGCCCUGCCCAGGGCCCCUCUGGGACACCACCCCUCCCCCAUCGUGUCUGGGGCCCCUCUGGGAUUUCCUUGUCAUGUCUAGGAUCCCCAGGAUCCUCAUGUCUGGGUUAUGCAACACAUAGAGGACCAUACGGUGUGUCUGUGUGGAGGGGAGGGGCAGGACAGUGCUUCCAGAUUCCCAAGAGCUUCUCUGGGAUCCCCUUGUGGUGUCCGAGAUCCUCCAACCAAGCCUGGGACCCCUCUGAGCUCCCUUGUGUGUCUGAGAUCCCUUAAUCUCAUCUGGGAAGGGAGAGCCCACGGACGGUCACACAGGGAGGAGGGUGCCUUGUCGAGGGUCUCUCUGGGGUCCCUUUCUCAUGCCUGAGUCCCUCUUGUCAGAUCUGAGAUCUCCUACUUAGGUCUGGGGGCCUUGCGGAAACCCUUCAUCAAGUCUCAGAUCUCUAUGCCCAUCUGUGACUCUCUUGUCCUACCAGUCCCCCUAAAUGAUGACCUUUGUCAUCUUGCAAUCUCCUAAUUCUCUGGAACCGCCGUACUGUCACUUCCUUGUGUCUGGAAUUCUCUAAUCACAUCGAGGGUGCCUCUGGGAUCCUUUGGUCAUGUCUAAAAACAUCCUCGUCAGGCUUAGAGGGGACCUCAGUGGACCUUGUCUUGUUCGGGCCGCCUCUGGGAUACCCUUAUCUAUCUGGGAUCCUGCAAUCACAUCUGGGGGCCUCCCUGGGAUUCUCCAUCUGCUAUGCCCCUUUGGGGACCCCACCAGCAGACCUGAGUUCUCACAGGGACCCUUCCCUUCCUGGGAUGCCCUCUGGAGGACCAGGCUAGGGAGCAUUCUGGCCACUCAACUGAUUUCUGGGUGAUCUUGGCAGCCCUCCCCACGUCAUCUCUAACCAGAGGUCACAAGUUGGUACCCCACCCCCACCCUUCCGGCUCCCUUUGGGGCAGAUCAGAUCUCUGGUGGUGGUUUCUGUAGUUCACUGUGAGGGAGAUUUUGCCUGAUCCUUCACUAAAACUUUGCACAACGCGGCAACAGGCAACAGCGGGCUGCUUUGCGGUGCAGAGAGGCUGGAGGAGGGUGGCAGCCACUCCUAAUGGGGCUUCUGUUCCCCAGUUGGCCCCAGUCCCUGCAGCCCCCGGCUGUCAUACCCCAGUGGCUUUUCUCAGUCACCUGUUGGCCCCCAACCAUUUACAUUUUGACCCCUGGUGUGAACCCAAGGAGGUGUGAAGCUUGGGUGCACUGUGGGAGCUCUGAUUGGAACCCUCCGGGGGUGCCACAGACUGUGGUGGGCUAGGACGUCAGAGUCCCAGGUCCUGGAGGCUUCGCGGCUGGGGGAAAUCUAGGGUGAAAGACUUGCUGCUUCUGGGCCUCAGUUUGUCCCUUGUGUGAAAGGGGAGAGAAGGAGGAAGAUAGAAAAAGUCCCUUGCAGUCAUGCUGAGCCUUUGAUACAUCUUCUGGAAAUCCACCCCACCACCCAUUCAUUCACUGACAUCCAGGAGGAGGAGGACAAAGGAGCUUCAAGGACCCAGAGAGGGAAGAGGUCCCUAUGGGGCACACAGCUGCUGGUAGCAGGGCCCAGGCUGGGACCUGCCCUCAAAAGGACAGCACCCCCCCACUCCUGGAACGGGGGCAGGGUGGGAGGGGAGUGCUAGGGACAGAAUGUCCCCAGGGCCUCCUCCUGCAAAUGAGGUACCUUUUGCAAAGACUAUUAUCUACCACCCCCAAAAUGUGGAAUAAAAUAAAA